AUGGCAGACUCUCAGGUCGUAGACCUACCUGCUCGUCCUGAUACAACAGUUCCAGUCACCCCUGUCAACCAAAACCCACCUCCUGUUCAAGAAACACCUGUCGCUGUUAAACCUACUACUCAAAUUCACGCCAUGAGUCUGCCACUGGCAAACGAAGCAUAUGCUCAAAUCUCAAAUGAGACCAGGGGUCACUAUCUCGUUGGGAUGGACCCACUCGAAUUCCUUGACAACUUUCUUCCCUGGAACGCAAACACACCAACACAUUAUCAACAAAAACCCAUAAGCGAAACUAGAGAAAGCAAACUCAAAUCUGUACCGCCAAUAAAGGGGGCAAGACAGCCAGAACUUUCUAUGUAUAAGCACUAUAUCGACGCUUUGGAUGACUGGGUCACUGGAAUUGACAACAGUCAGAAAUUGCGAUUUGCGCACUUCAAAAAUCCCGAUGCCGAUUGCGCGUCAUUGAAUGUGGACGUGUCUACGUACUGGCAGUCCGAUUUUCCAUCUAUACCUUCUGAUGGUUCAUGCGCAUUUUCUCGUCAACAAACACACGAGGAAUUCAAAGUUGAUCACUCGUACGACCCAUUUGCCCAUGUUAACGACGAAAAGCCGAACACCAAGGACCCCAUCGAGAACGCUACCAGUGAACCGGAUCCUUCCAACUCUGCCUCUGCUGACGUUGCUGAUAGCACCGAAAAUGCGGCCGAGGACGCAGACGAGCCCGCUAGUUCUCUCCAUGUUGUCAAUGAAAAUGAAAGAGAUGCUGAAGGCCUCGACAAAGAUCGUGAUAGCACUGGAAAGGGAGUCGAGGAUGCAGAGAAGCCUGCUAGCUCUCUUGAUGUCGUCAAUGAAAUUGAAAGCGAUUCUAAAAGCUCUGAAGAGGGUUCCGAAUACGCUCCGUCAAAUGAUUCUCAGGACGCCUUGAAAGAGAAUGUCAAGCAACCUCCCGUGGUCAAAGCCGCCGACGCUUCCAAACAAUCUGCGGGCUCUCGCGCUUUGGUCUCUGAGGUUGAGAAAGACACACAGCGUGCAAUCCAUACACGUGGUCAAAUUGCUGCUUACGCCGGUGUAGCAAUGUCUAUGGCAUUCAGGUCCCAUUUCUUCUCCUUGUUGAUUCUGGGAGAAUUCGCGCGGUUCAUACGAUGGGACCGUCGAGGCGCCGUUGUUAGCACCCGAUUCAACUAUGUCAAACGACCUAGUUUGAUCUUUGGGUUUUAUCUUCGCUUCGGUCAAUUGUCACUCCGCCAAAGAGGAUUCGAUACCAACGCUGUUCGCGUUCCUAACAAAACGCUUCCUGAUGAUGUGGCGAGUGCCUUUGAUAAAUAUUACGAACAGUCCUGGCAUAAAGGAGCAAAAUUCAGUCAUCACAGGAACAAUUUUGAUGGCAGGCCUCGGAGACCCGCGAAAGAGUCAAAUUUCUAUCGCGUUACUCUCCAUGAUUCCGCUAUACGUCAAACCGAUGCAUUUUUUGUGCCAGCACCUACAUACAGGCCUAAUAUCCUCAACCCUUUUACGCGCGGCUCUAGGCGAUCAUUGGCCUUUUUAGAUCAUCCCAAGCCGUCGGAGAGAAAGAUGUGCUUCAUGAAGGAUUCGUGGCAAGAGGGUUCAGCGCGCACAGCGCCUGAAGCUGAUAUAUAUCGCAGACUUUAUGAGCAUGGGGUUCCGAAUAUUGCGUCCAUGCGCCUUGGCGAUGACGUUGAUGAUUUGAAGACUGAGACGCAGGAGUGGUGGGGCCGUCUCAACCACAGCGGAAGAUUCAAACAUUUUGGACUUAUGGUCUGCCAUCGCCUUGUGCUCAACACCGUUGCUCGAGAUCUGUCCACGUUCACGUGGUGCAAAGUUCUUCUUUCAUGUCUUGCGGAUGUUGUUGAUGCCGCUCAAGCAGCAUUCAAGGCCGGGGUUUUACACAGAGACCUUAGCGCGGGUAAUAUUAUGAUUGUGCAAAAUCCGAACACUAAAGAAUGGAGAGGAAUCCUGAUUGACUGGGAUAUGUGUUUGCUCCUUGACGAGCGUCACAAGCAUAAACAAAUGUGCACUGGACGAACAGGUACCUGGGCAUUUAUUUCGGCAAGGCUUCUUCAGGCGCAUCCAUCUGAGCCUGUUAUGCACUCCCUCGGAGAUGAUAUGGAGUCUAUCUUUUGGGUUCUUGUCUACCAAGUACUGCGGUACACUCGUCAUGAAGAUGGCCCACAUGCUCUGUACAAGAAGAUGGAUGAGCUCUUCAAUGAUUCGGUUAUAGAUCGCGGCGUGGUUGUUGGGGGAGACCGCAAGGUGGCCGCUAUUAUUUUUUGCUCCCUUGGACGUGUCAGCCAAUCCAUGGGCAAGUUCAAGGUCUCCGCUCUUAACCGCAUUUUUCGCACUCUCGGUACCCAUUUUUUGCCUCGUUACCCCAAAGAACAGAAUGGAGACCUAGAUUCAGAUGACCAUACUCCCCCUGCCGAUCCCGUUGUUAAUUGGGAUAGCCCGGAUGAGAAGUGGUUUUCCAAUUUUCUACGAAGCACAGCUGAAUCAAUGGCCCCACUGGGCAUAACCCCUACUGCAUUAGAGUCACUGACCAAUGAUUCCAAGCCCCCACUCCCACCAACCUUACCGAAACGUGCAAAGAUUAGUCUUUAUCCGGCCGACUAUUUCGAAAUGACGUGGUGGAAAGAUGAGAACGACUCCAAAAAAUCUAACGAAAACGCCUUCAGUAAGGUUGCUACCAGCUCUCGACUGAACCACAUGGACGGACUCUCAGCUAGUACAAGUAAGCGUCCUCUCGAAGUUGAUGAUGAUGACGAUGAUAAUGAAGGACACGGGAGGGGCGGUGACUCCAGGGUUAGAGUCAAGAGGCAACGACCACUGUAA